ACAAAAGAAAGGCAACUUGAACAUGGCAAUGCAGCAAGCCAGACAAGUAGAACAAGACUCAACCCUUGAGGAUGAAACAUUUGGUCCCAUGCCUCUUGCAAAGUUGGAGGGUAAUGGCAUCAGCAGCUCUGACAUAAAGAAGCUGGAAGAGGCAGGGUUCUUCACCGUUGAAUCCGUAGCAUUUGCUCCCAAAAAAAGCCUGCUAGCAAUCAAGGGAAUCAGAGAAACCAAAGCAGAUAAGAUUGUUCAAGAGGCUGCAAAACUGGUACCCAUGGGAUUCACGACAGCAACAGAGUUUCACAAGAAACGUUCCGAGAUCAUUCAGUUGACAACUGGUUCCAGAGACAAAUUAUUGCAAGGGGGAGUUGAAACAGGCUCCAUUACAGAAAUUUUUGGAGAGUUCCGCACAGGGAAGACACAGCUGUGUCAUACAAUUGCUGUUACAUGCCAGCUUCCUAUUGAUAUGGGUGGGGGAGAAGGAAAAGCUAUGUACAUUGACACAGAAGGAACAUUUCGCCCAGAGAGAUUAUUGGCGGUGGCAGAAAGAUAUGGAUUAUCAGGCAGUGAUGUUUUGGAUAAUGUUGCUUAUGCCCGGGCUUAUAACAGUGACCAUCAGUCUCAACUACUCAUCCAAGCAGCUGCUAUGAUGUCAGAGUCCAGGUAUGCUGUGUUGAUCGUCGAUAGUGCUACGGCUCUGUACAGGACAGACUACUCUGGACGAGGAGAACUAUCAGCUCGUCAGAUGCAUUUAGCAAGAUUUCUGCGCAUGUUGUUACGUCUGGCUGAUGAAUAUGGAGUGGCCGUGGUAAUAACAAACCAGGUUGUUGAAGACCUGCUAUGGGUGGCAAACCACCCCGAUAUAGACUGCAACCUCAAGCGACCCUUUCUGCAUUUCAUGCUGUGGGUGUACAUGAAGACCUCAGGGAAUCUGGUGGAGAGCGGAGCCGCUGAUCUGCAGCAUGACAAGUCCAUGUGGGACUUCAUCAACUCAGCCACCGGUGACAUCCAGCAGCUGGUGGACUACCUCGCGCGCCACCCGGACAAGAUACCCGUCCUACUGAAGGCGCCACCCGCCAAGAGUGAAGUGGCAGAAAGUGCGGACACAAGGGCAGUAAUGCAUCAUGCGCUCUUCUACGUCCUGGACGGUUUGCUGCCCUUUCUGCACGUGUUCUACACAGUGUUUUACUCGACAAGCGACAAGGAUGUGUACACAAACGAGCUGAAUACAACAGAAAGUAUUUCGAAUGCUCUCAUUGCGCUGUGUGACUUGCUAGGAGGUCACGUGCAGAAUCCUCAGCAUCUCCGGAACUUCGUCCUCGGUCUCACUACAGUGGUGUCUGUCUCCAACGCCUCUAAGGCGCUGUUGGUCAGUGUACUGGAGAGGUUCAUGGGUGAGAUGAAAUUGUUUGACACCACGAGCGCCGUCAGACGGGGCAACAUGGAGUACUAUGCCACUGAGUUAGAGCUUAACGCCAAGUUUCACACCUUCACCAGCAACUGCAUGCUGGUCCACUGCGGCCACAACACGGUGCAGGCACAGCUCAAAGUCAAGUGCAAGAGAGAAUACACAGCGCGAGGUACGAACGAGGAGCUGCCUCUGGGCGAGGAGUUCCAGAGUCUGGCGCGAUGUUUCCUCAGCCCGCACGAGAAGAAGGCUGUGAAGAGAUUCGCUCUGGCCGGCAAGCUCAUAGAGCAGCUAUGGAUCUCGGCCACCCAGUGUAAGCAGCCCCGCAAGGACCAGCCCACCCACCCGGACCUGGACGUGCGCUGUCUGCAGAUCCUGAGGACACUCAUCCACAACGAGGAGCGACGACUGCCGGAGGACUGGGCGCUACGCACUUCCGAGAACAAGAUUAAAAAGCAGCUCGUGUACAUCAAAGAGGUUCAAGUGGCACUUAAUGUGCACAGCACCAUCAUCAAAGUCUUGCCCCACCUGGCCAGGCGCAACGACGACAUUGUGCGCGAAGUGCUGGCCUUCAUCUGCAUCAUGCUCUUCAACGCAAACAGGGUCGUCCAGCAAUCGAUGCUGGAAUAUUUCCUGUCUACUCGAGAAGAAGUGUUCUUCAUGGCUGUGAGAGAUCGAAUGCAAAUCUCGACAAACGCCAUCAAGGAGAAAAUGGGGCUGUUUGGGAAAAGACAUGUCGUCCUGGCCCUUGGCUUUGUCUUUGCCUUGCUUGUGGAUUGUGGCAAUGGGUUUAGCUGUGAUGACUAUGCCAAUGGAUGCAAUGCGCCCCGUUACACUCCAUAUAGGACUUUGUUCACUCCUGCCUGCAACCUGCACGAUGUGUGCUACCGCUGCGGAUCCAUGUACGGCAUCAGCAGAUCCCGCUGUGACUCCGCCUUUUAUUCCAACAUGCUUGCUGCUUGCUCCAGUCGAAUGUGUGUCCAGGCUGCGGGUGGAUUCCUUAAUGCAGUGCGAAAUCUAGGCGGGCUUUUCUACCACAACACGUCGCCAUCUGACUGUAGAGACUCACGUGUGAGGAGUAGGUGUCUUCCCUACUAGACUUUCUUGUGUGCGAGAAGAGACAGUAAGCCUUGGAUGGCAAGAUUACUUAGUUCUCGCACCUGUACUACAACACCUGUAUAAAGACAAAGAAACCACUUCCGUAGCCUGCGCGAGAAGUGCCAAGCGCUCGUGUUUGAGAUUUCCAUGGGCACGACAUUUCCGGUUUCACUACGAACACCUGGAUAGACUCAUGAGAUGUUGACAAUGAUUAAGAUGCCUGGGUAGGGCUGUUUGAGCGAUGAUUGGUUGCCCUAUCCCAAAAAUCCUAAUGUUGCGGAAGGAAAAAAGAAUAAACGAAAAACGGAGAACGACACUCGUUAAAGCAAUCUGUUUGGAUGUAUAUCCACCAGGAAAGCCACCUCUUGUAGUGGAGGCCUACCCACAGAGAACAUGUCUAUCGCUUAAUGAUCUUUUCCUUUUAUUUUACAAAUCACGUGAUAAUUUGCUGUCCAUUCAUAAGUCAUCUACUAAAUAAGCAAAGCAGUUUUUGUAAUGAAUAAAGAAUAAAUUGCCUUUUUUAACCAAGUA